AUGUCCCAAUCAUUACGUCCGUACCUCAACACUGUUCGCUACUCUCUACAGGCUGCUUUAAAUUUGUCGAAUUUCUCUUCUCAAGAUGUAGAACGUCAUAACAGGCCGGAAGUAGAAGUGCCAAACAAUAGCGCUGAACUUCGCCUACAGGAUAUGCACAUUGCCCGUAACGAACACGAACAAGUUCUCAUCGAAUCAAGUGUCAACAGUGUGCGCAUGAGUAUCAAGGUAAAGCAGUCGGACGAGAUAGAACAAAUUUUGGUGCACAAGUUCACUCGUUUCCUAGAACAAAGAGCGGAAUCCUUCUACAUUCUAAGGAGAGUUCCCAUCAAUGGCUACAGCAUUUCAUUCCUAAUCACUAACAACCACACAGAGACAAUGAUUACGGAGAAAUUGGUCGACUUUAUCAUUGAGUUCAUGGAGGAAGUGGAUAAGGAAAUUAGCGAGAUGAAGUUAUUCUUGAACGCCAGGGCCAGAUUUGUUGCUGAGGCGUACCUAGGCCAAUUCGUAUACUGA